AUGGUAUAUGGUCAGCAAACCGUUCAAUCCAAUGAGGUGCAGCACGCGCAGGAAUGCGUUGUGGAGGAGCAGCGGAGUCCAGCCCGAGACGUGGACUGCGUGCCUGCGUUGGUCCUGGUUUCCGCGGGCCUGGGUGGGACAUACCCGCUCGCCAUUUUGGUAUAUCAGGACCUAUUCGUCCUUCCUCGGAUCUUCGAAGAGCUCGCUUGUAGCCCGGAGAGUCGUAACGUUAUCGGUGCGGGCGGCGGCCAGGUGGGCGUUGAUCGGGGGGUGGAUUAG